AUGGAGCUCGAUGAGGUGUCUGACCUUCUGCAUCUCGAUCCUCGAGACACGCAGUGCCCUCUGUUUCCCACAGUUCUAUACAGGAGUUCUCUGUACGCCGAUCUCGCCAUUCCGCUGCCUCGUCCUGCGUCGCCGGCUCACGCUGAUUCGUGCGCGUCGUCCUCCCUCUUUUCUGCCUCCACUUCCCGCUCUGCUGCUGCCCCUUUGAGUCCGUGUCUGUCAUCGUCUUCUGCGUCUUCUUAUUUGUCUCCAAGCACGGGCUCUGGCGGCGUGGCAGACGGGCACUCAGUCUGCAGCCAUGAGGCUACCGCAAGACGCCUGCGCGUGCCUGUGUCGGUGAUCAUCACUGUCAGGAACGGGGCAGCGUUCAUCGAAGCAGCCCUGGACUCGCUGCUCGCGCAGAGCUUCGUAUCCAAGAGACAGCGAGCUAAGAAACGCAAGACUGGCGACGGCGAGGAAGCCACGGCCGGCGCCGCCUCGCCGUCAUCGUCCGCAGCGACCGCGGAGGCCCUCGAAGGCCAGAAGAGUGUGUGCGAAGAGAGCCAAACCGACGGGAGCCUGCGGACGCAGGCGGAGGGAGACUCCAACGCCAUCCUCGAAGGAGAAGGCGACGAGGCCAAUGCGCGACCGGCGCAGACUCGCCGCACAGAGGAGGACGACCUUCCUUCUUUCCCGCCAUCCGCCGCGAGCCCGGGAGUGUUUGGGGUCGCUACCUCUUCAGGUUCGUUAGGCGCCUUCUCCGCUUCGGCUGCCUCAGGCGGGGCUUUGGAGGGCGACAACGGCCCGCUCGAGAUCUGCGUCUUCGAUGACGGAUCUACGGAUGCAACACUGUCGCUUCUUCUCGACGUGAUCGCGCCUAGGUGCCUCGAGAGACACGUGCUGCUCACCGUCGCCGCCGCGCCUGGUGCCGACAUUUCCGCGUCCUCUCCAUCUUCUUCUUCCGCCUCCCCUUCUUCUUCCUCUCCUUCUUCAGGUUCCUCUGCUUCUUCCUCUUGCUCUUCUUCCGCUCCCUAUUCCUCCUCCUCUUCUGCUUUGUCCUUUUCCUCCUCUUCUUCAUCUUCUUCCUCUCGCUCGUCUUCUUCCUCUCUACCUGUACGUGCGAGCGGUGGCGUGGGCUACGGGCGGAACAAGGCGGUGAUGGUGAGCGCCGGGGAGUUCUUGUGUUUCAUGGACGCCGACGACGAGUCGUUCCCCGAGCGCAUCGCGAAGCAGCUCCAGGCCGCCAAAAUGCGACCCAACACGAUCGUUGGAUCGGGCUUCGUCAGAGAUCCGCCCGAGUCAACACCGCGGUACACGCACUGGCUAAACACUUUGUCAGAGAAGCAGCUCCUCACCUCGCGCUUCCGCGAGUGUACCCUGCUGAUGCCUACAUGGUUCAUGCCGCGCGAGGUUUUUGAGCGUCGCGGCGGUUUUCUUGAAGGCGGAAAGCUGCGCUUUCUGCGCGCGUUUCAGAGUGAGCUGCGGGCGCAGACGGCGGCGCAGAAGGGCCUCGGGAACGGCGACGCCUUCCGCCCUUUGGCGCUUCCGGAAGAUCUCCUUUUUCUCUACCGCCACGUGCGCGAGGGCGGGCGUUUGUGCCGCGUGCCCGAGCCUCUGUACCUCUACAAAUACCACGAAAACUGCACUUCGUUUCGCGUCAGCAGCGACCUCCUCUGGGCCAUUAGAGUACGCGAAUUCCAAGAACAAGUGAUGCAGACACUCCACCCCCGCGCCCCGUGGAUCAUCUGGAGCAUCGGCCGAGACGGUAAGCGUUUUUAUCGAAGUCUUUCUCCCGCGAAUCGCGAGCGCGUCAUCGCCUUCGUGGACAUCGACAAGAAGAAAGUGUCGCGGAAGGUCUACGCAGAUCCUCUGGAGCCGCUGAAGGGCAGACAGAUUCCCAUUCACUUCUGGGAAGACGCGAGGCGAUUCCUCGACGAGCCUGACACAGAGAGAAGACCCGUCUUUGUCAUCUGCGUCAAGUACGAAAUGCCGCCACACAACACACUCGAGCAGAAACUCCAACAGCUGCAAAUGAAAGAGGGACAAGACUUCUUUUUCUUCUGCUGA